UGGAGAGACUGGCGGAAGCCAGCUUUGCAAUAUGGCGGCUGAGGCAGACGGAGCGCUUAAACGGCUGCUGGUGCCGAUUCUUUUACCUGAGAAAUGCUACGACCAACUUUUCGUUCAGUGGGACUUGCUUCACGUUCCCUGCCUCAAGAUUCUCCUCAGCAAAGGCCUGGGGCUGGGCAUUGUGGCUGGGUCACUUCUAGUAAAGCUGCCGCAGGUGUUUAAAAUCCUGGGAGCCAAGAGUGCCGAAGGGUUGAGCCUGCAGUCCAUAAUGCUUGAUCUAGUGGCAUUGACUGGGACCAUGGUUUACAGCAUCACUAACAACUUCCCAUUCAGCUCUUGGGGUGAAGCCUUAUUCCUGAUGCUCCAGACGAUCACCAUCUGCUUCCUGGUCAUGCACUACAGAGAACAGACUGUGAAAGGUGUCGCUUUCCUGGCUUGCUAUGGCCUGGUCUUGCUGGUGCUUCUCACACCUCUGACGCCCUUGACUGUAGUCACCCUGCUCCAGGCCUCCAAUGUGCCUGCUGUGGUGGUGGGAAGGCUCCUCCAGGCAGCCACCAACUACCACAAUGGGCACACAGGCCAGCUCUCAGCCAUCACAGUCUUCCUAUUGUUUGGGGGCUCCCUGGCCCGAAUCUUCACUUCCAUUCAGGAAACUGGAGACCCCCUGAUGGCUGGAACCUUUGUGGUCUCCUCCCUCUGCAAUGGCCUCAUCGCUGCCCAGCUUCUCUUCUACUGGAAUGCAAAGCCUCCCCACAAGCAGAAAAAGGCGCAGUAGAGCCAGCUGAUAGUCAUUCCGUUUCCACUCAUUUACCCAACCUCAGGGUUCUCCCCAUCUGAGCCAGCCUGCUGGUGUGACUUACUCAUCCGCCAUUCCUCUGCAGUGGCAGACUUCCUGAGCCAGUUUGCUUUUAGUGGAAACAAAUGGUUGAUAGAUCCAGAUCCUUAGAAAAGGAGAGGAUAGGGGUAGCGUCUUCCAAGCCAAAGUUUUGACAUUUGAGUGCUUUUCUAACAUGUACUGUUAACUCAAUCAUUCAGCCAAGCCUCUUCCUCUAGCAGCAAUUUCCCUGUUUAACCCUCUCCCUGGGCAAAUGUUUUACCCUGGCCUCUAACCUCCCUACUUCCCUUCUGGCCCUACAAGAGAGCCUGGACAGCAGAGUGGAGGGAACUGGGGGGCUGUGGCUGGCUGCCUUCCUCCCUCACUCCCUCCCUCAGCCUGAUUGGGACUGCCUCCGAGACCCCAGUGCUGGGGGUGGGGGAAGGUGGACAGAGAAUGACUCAGGCAGGGCCCCAGGGUGGGGUGAGGAGGUUCCUGCUCUGGCAGGUCUAGGCGGAAGGGAGUGGAGAUGGGGCUGGUUCCUGCUGCAGUGAGGGGAACAGAUGGGACAAUAAAGACUGGAGACGCAGUUGAAUAAUAGAAAACUGUGUUUAAUACUACCAAAAA